AUGUCCUACACAGAUCCGUACGCCCAGCAUGGCCAGUAUGGUCAUCAGCAGUCAUACCGGGACGACGCUUUCAACCCUUACGAGGUGCAACAGCAUGGCGCAACGAACGGGUACGAACAACGUGGAUACAACCAGAACGAGUACGAUGGUGCAUACACAGACGAAGUCGCUGGACAGCACAAGGAGCGUCAGAGGAGCACAUUCGAGGACGAUCCUCUUCCUCGCCCGAUGCGUGAGAAGACCCCCAGUAACAUGAGGCGAUGGAGGACAGAGUACCAGGGGAAAAUCUGGACCAAGGGCUCCCGUGCGGGGUGCAUUGGCCGGUUUUUCUGCUGCACGCUCCUUCUGUUCCUUUUCUUCCUCAUCAGCAUCGUUCUCUCUCUCGCCCUGUGGCUCCGCCCCCCAAACAUCAUUGUUGGCACUCCCAGCGUGGAUCUGAACUCUUUCUCCGUCAACGAUAGUACCCUUAGCAUUGCGCUCCCUGUGGAUAUCAGCGUCAACAACCCGAACUACUUCACGAUCACCCUCUAUUCCCUCGAUGCAUCUGUCGUCUACCCGAUCAAUAACACCGAUAUUGGGUCUGGGCACAUGACGAACAUUGAUUUCAAGGACCACACUCAGACCAACUUUACGUUCCCCGUAACCAUAGACUACGAUGCGAAAGCAGACCCGGAUGGUGCUAUCAUCACCGACCUCGCACAGCACUGUGGUCUCGACACCAGCGUAGCUGCUUCGGACAUCAGCGUCUCUGUCAGCAUCAAGGUCGGUAUCAAGGUUAUGCUUGUUCCCUUCAGUACAACCAUCAGCCAGAACGUUAAAUUUUCGUGCCCAUCAGGCGUCCAGACAGCCUUCGAGAGUCUACUCAAAGCGCUUGGUAAAAACGUGGACACAAUCUCGAGCUUGUUAUGA